AUGAGCUUCUGGAGGAGCUCCCACCUGAUCUGCCACCAGAGGAUCCACACCAAGGAACAGCCCAACCAGUGUCCCAAUUGUGGGAUGAGCUUCUGCAGGAGCUCCCACCUGAUCUGCCACCAGAGGAUCCACACCAAGGAAAAGCCCAACAAGAGUCCCAUUGGGAUGAGCUUCUGGAGGAGCUCCCACCUGAUCUGCCAGAGGAUCUACACCAAGGAACAGUCCAACCAGCGUCCCAGUUAUGGGAUGAGCUUCCGCAUGAGCUCCCACCUGAUCUGCCACCAGAGGAUCCACACCAAGGAACAGCCCAACCAGUGUCCCAAUUGUGGGAUGAGCUUCUGCAGGAGCUGCCACCUGAUCUGCCACCAGAGGAUCCACACCAAGGAACAGACAGACGAGUGUCCCAUUGUUUUCAACAUGAAGACAGGUUGUCCUCAGGACAAAAGUCCUCCUGAGCUGGUGGAUGGGGUCACAGAGCAGAACAGCCCCCUGUCAUCCAGGAGGAAGCAGCUGGUCACCUGCUGA